AUGUCAGGAUAUUUUUCCCCUGAGCACUAUGAAAAAGAUCCGAGCCUUGAGACUCAAAUUCCGCCGGUAGUUGAACGAUCAUCACAAAAUUGGCUCUGGCUUAUCGGUCUAAGUAUUACGGCUGGCGUUAUACUUCUCAUCGUUCUCGUGGGUGUUCUCUGGUGUUGUGGUUUCUUCAAACGAAACCGACCACAAUAUUCUGCUGCUUCUCGUGACGUUUCUCAAUCCAAUGAAGAUCAAUAUCAACUGUCACCUUCGUAUACUCCAGGAAAGGUCGCUUUUCAAACAGAUAGUGAAGAAAUCUCAAGUGAUGACAAUGAAAUGAUGAUUCAAAACUCUGGCGAUAGUCUUCCCAUCGUCAUCCCACAGAAUUCCGCACAUUUCAUCCAACAACAACAAUACAAAAGUCCCUAUAACUACUAA